AUGUCCGUCUUCUCCAGAUUGCCUUACUCACAACGCGAGAUCAGGCCUCUUGACAAGUGGCAAAUUCUGCCUGAGCAAAUAGAGAUCGAGGAAGAGUUAGGGAGAGAAGCGUUUGGCGUGGUUUAUAAAGCAACCUUUAGAAAGAGAGUUGGGAUGGAGGUGUUUGAUGCCGAAAUUACAAAGAGAACUUUACUAUCCGACAAAAAGCCACCGCAAGUUGUUGCCGUCAAAGGUUUACAUGGAAAGAAAUAUUGCUCAUUAACAAAAGAUAAAGCCACGAAAGUAAUAAGGGGCGCACCCAAUUACCUUUCUUGCGAGGGAAUCGCACCAAUUUUUGCUCUUGAAGUAACUAAAAAACCUGUCCAACGGGUUAAAGCACCUAAAUAUAGCGAGUGACCCUAUCUUAAAGGGAGCCUCCACUUCAACAAAAAGAUAAAUUUAAAUCACAGGAAAUAACUGUUACAGUCAAGUCAAUCUAAAAUAUUUUUAAAGAAAGCGUUUGUAUCCGAAAGAAAUAACUUUUAGAUUCGCCUAUUUUUGUUUUCAAAUUUUGGGGGCGUCGCCAUCUUGAAUAAUUGUGACGUGUAAUGGUUGCCCUAUUGUUAUUAAACAAAAGCUCUUUGUGUCAGAACAAUAGAGCAACCGUAACACGUCACAAUUAUUCAAGAUGGCGGCGCCCGCGAAAUUUGAAAGUGAAAAUAAGCGAUUUUAAAAUUCACUUUUCCUGAUAUAAACACUUUUUUUAAGACAAAUUUCGAACAAAUUUGUUUAUCAACAUAAUUUUAUUCGAUUUAAACUCAUUCUGUAGUAAGAGUGGAGGUUUCCUUUAACGAGAUCUUCCCUCAAUUUAUUCAUGAGAUAAAGACAAAAGGCUAAUAAUGACAUCAUGGUCGUUUAGGCAUUCCUGUGCUAAAAAGGAUAAUUCGGUACGCCCUAUACUACUCAUGAGUUUUUUUUGUGAAUUAUUUUCGCGCCAUUUGAAUGAAACAAUCCCAAUUUUUUAAAACGUAAACAAUUUUCUCCCCAACCGAAUUACACCGCACUAAAACGGAGAACAAAAUAUUCUGCUGGACCGGCCUUCCAAACGAUUUGAUUAACUAAUGCUUGCAUUAAAAAAAAAGACAACAAAAUCAACAAACUUAUAUCAUUUUUGUGCUUCAUACUCAAUCCCUUCUCCAAUUUUCUUCCUUUUAUUAAUUACUUUCUUGGUUUCCUUUCAUUGAAAACUUACAAUACAAAAGAAAAACAGGCAAUAAUCUUGUCCCCCGAAGACUGAACCAAAAUGCGAAUACGCAUACAGUUGUACGUAGGCACGUAUCUAUAAUGACUCGAUGGUCCGUCAACCGACCAAAACUUUGUCAACUUAUUUACGAGAUUUCGUUAUACGAUCGACGAAUAUAUAUCUGUCCAUUGUGAGUCAAAAGACGGAUGGGGUGUGAAAGAAAUGAAUGUAGCACAUAAUGCCGUCACAUUAAAGAAUGAAAUAAUGUCUCUGUAAUUGUUCUUAGAUGAUCCAUCUGACGCGCAGAAAGAAGAGUUGACCUUCGAAAUCGAGCAGAUGAAGUUGUUGGGCUCGCACAAGAAUAUUGUAUCCUUGGUUGGAUGGUACACACUUAAGGAUCAAAACUUCCUGGUUGUAGAAUACGUUCCAUUUGGUGACCUUCUUACGUGGCUUCGCUGCAGAAGAAAAGAGGUAACAAAGAAAAGAAAAAUAAAACAAUUUUAAAACUGAAUUACACUGUGUCACAAACGGCCCUUGUCUUCUACUGAAGCACUCCUUCAUCGAACUCUGCUCUGGGCUGUUCUUACUUCCCUCCUCUAGCUGUUCUUAAUGUUGAGGAUUGUGUAUUAUUAAUGGAACGUGCACUUAGCUUAUUUUGCUAGUUUUCAACCACUCCACUCAAAUAAUCAGAUAACCCUCUCUCCCGUUGAGCCUGGAGUGUCUAGGUCAAUGCCUGGCGUGGUGAUUCUUUGUUUCUUUAGAGUAUGGCCAAUCCAACCCUACUUACCCCUUCGAAUAUGUUUUCCUUUGGUUUUCAAACUCCUUUCAGUCACAUCUCCUUUUUUACUUUCUCGGGCCAGCCGCCCGUAACUAAAUGUGCCACACAAAACAGCUGAUAAACGUCUGGUCCCAGUUGGCCAAAUGUUGAAUAGCCGAAUCCACCCGAUAAAUCACCCGACUGUCCAACGGAUAAGUAUUAAGGAAACCUAUUAUGAUUCCACGAGAUAGAAGAAUUUAUACCUGGAUAGCGGUAUCCGCCGUUCGAACAACUGAGAUCUGAAUUUUUUGAAAUGUCUUUUUAUUCACCAUGUAUCUAAUCCAGGGAACUAAUCGUCCGCAGAGAAGAUGGAAUUCACAUUUGAAUUAAAGAUAGUUUUCUUCUUGUCUCUAUUUCCUUUGGUGCCCAAAAGUUCUGGGGGGUAAUAAAGCCUGCCAUAACUUUGCCCACUAGCAGUGAUAUCUCGACUCGUGCCUCCUCUAACAAACUGCCUGGAUAGGCGAAGGAGUCAAGUUCCUCUGUGGGCUAUCCACAUAAUGAGACUGGAGUGUUAUUAGCCAAGUUCGCAGUCUUUUCGUCUUGUUUUAGAUCUGUCACGUGUGGCUGUGACUCAAGUCACAAGCAAAGUCAAAGUCUUUGGGUUAUGCUGGGAAAUUUAGUUUACUCAAUCCUAUUGUUCCUUCCGGCCCCAUCCUUGUGGUUUUAUGAUCCAGUCGGACCAGGAAACAACAGGGGUGAAAGGCGACAUUCCUGUAGGACGCCAAUCUUGAACUCAAAGCUCUCAAACGAUUGACCAGCAUGUGGCCGUCAGUGUAGAAAUUAGCUAGGGAGGCCUUACAGGACUGCUUUUUUUCCGUAAGGGCAAAUUCUGUGGAAUAAUAUUUCGGCAAUUGGGCAAGCUUUUUCGGCCAAGGUGGCUUGAUAUUGGGUUCCAUCUCGGUCUGAAAAGAACUUUCAUAAUAUCUAUGAAAUAAAGAAGUUGUACCCUUUUCCCAAACGUGUACUACAACCCGUCAGUUUCAUAAUGACCACCUCUGUGACCAAGAUGGCAGUUGUAUCUAGAUGUGAGGAGAUUCGACUGUAUCCUUAGUACAGUGCAGGGGCAAGGGGCCAUCUCUAUUGUUUUCAUGUGUUUGUCUGUGACUGAUUCAUCACUGCCAGUUUGACGUCACAUAGCAACGAGUGAGAGGUUCGAGUCGCUUGUGCAAAUUUGUAAGGGACUCUAUGGUCAUUACAACAAGAGAGGUCGGGGAUAAGAUUUAAAACUAGGCAAAUAUUGCUUUACAUCGUUAAUUUGAUCAUAAGUGUGUGAGCUUUGUUGUUGCUUUUAUCUGCUUGUGUAAUCCGCCUUGGUAUUUUGUGCCCGUCAUUGUGUAAUUUUGUUUAUUUGUGUCGCGGGCCGUUUUACGGAAUCGCCAUCUUCUUUACGGGACCAGCAAGGGCAUAAAAAAUUUAUAAAGUUCUUUUUUUCUCCAAAAUAACCAACGCCUAGUCUCCAGAAUAGGAGGUUCAAUUCAGAGGUCACACACGUUUAUAUUCCAUAUUCUUUCGCCAAUUAAAUCGGCUGUACUUCUGAUCAAACUCUUCGAGAGUGUGGGCCUCUUUUAUUUCUGAUUUCUCCACCAAAUUCAGUACAGCUAGCUAGUUUGAUCGAUUUUCUACAACGACCGGUCUUUUGAACCCCAAAUAAUACGAAAUGGCUUUGAAAUACGUGCUUAACCUAAUUUUUCCUCGAACGUAUCUUUCAAUUCAUGAUAAAUACAGCUCUACCAGCUCCUAACAGCGUCUAUGGCAGAGAAAAACGGUUUUUUUAACAAUUUACUUCACCAAACACUGCGUGGCACCGUGGUGCAGUGGUUAAGGAGUUGCUUGCAGUUACAGAUGAACUAGGUUCUCCCGCUCCAAUCGAAGCAGUUUUUUGUUUCUCAAUUUGUACAUUUUUUUUCUGUUAAUAGUUUUUGUUUUAAUCUUGUUUUUUCCUUUUGGCUUGUUUCCCCUUACUGCUUACUCUUUACAACUUUGCGAGUUUUUUUGCGAUAACUGGUGGUGAUCAGUGAACCUAUGUUUACCUUAGAGAUGGCCCCUCCCUCCUUGUUCAACUCAAUAUUUUCAUGAGCUAAUAGGUGAAAUGUGCUUGAGUUCUUAUAGAAGUAACUCAACGAUUAGGUCAUCUUUGGAUUAUCGUUUUGGUUGCUUAAAUUUUACGAACAUAUUGCUAUUAGGUCAUUGUAAACGCGCAUCAAUUUUGACAUCGUCUUUAAUUUAUUUGUAUUCAAACUGAUGUCGUUAAUUGUUGGACAUCAAGAUCAACAAACAUCGAGCCUCCGAGCGUUCAUAUGACAACAAAGAGGUUUUGAACGAUCAGGGGAAAUGCAGAUAUCAAGUAAGUUCCUUAACUUUGCACAUGCCAGCUCUAUCUGUUCUUAAUAAUAAAUUAUAUCCUUUACUUUGGUCCAGACUGUUCGUUUGGGUGUUUGUUUAUCUCAGGGGGGUGGGGGGGGAAUUCGGAAAUGUCCUUACAGGAAAGCUCCGUCCCAAUACCAACUUAAUAGCACUUUAUUUAGUAUACGUUUUUGGACAACUAAUACAGUGUACCCUUUCUCUGUACCUCCCAUUUGAAAAUGGUACUCCUUUCACAUACCUUCUUAAGAAAACUGGGUUCACUUACAAUCUUUGCCGACACAAUGUUCGACUUGCUCAUUGGUUCCAUUACACCCGCUUCCGCCGUACUGGGGAGAGGGUUCGGUGCAUGAUCUGCUGCGUUUUUUGUAGCUCAAACCACAUGUUUGGAAUGAAGUUAAUAAUGGAUGAUACUGGAACCUAAAUAAGAAAACCAAAUAGAAUUUUCCAUAUGGUGCACUAGUACGCAACAUUUUAAUAAAAGGCUCUUUUAAGUAAAUACCUAAAUGACAAAUUUCCAAACAUUUUCGUUUUGACUUCAACAAGUAUAAUCUCUACCGCCUUAUUUUCCCGAAGCCUAAGACCUUUCGGGCGGAACCUCUGAUCUACCUCAAGUCUCAAUUUCUGAUAAUAGACAGAUAACAUGUUCUUUUUCUUUCCUUUCUCUCGCACAGGAAAAAAAUUUUACUAAAGAACAGGUAAAGGAAGCGGAAAAGACACAAACGAACAGGGAAAUAGUGUUAAAAGAUAACAGUGAGGUGGAUACGCAGGGCGUAGCGUCGAUUUCUCGUAAUCUCCUUGUUGUAAGACAGUAGCGCAUAAUUUGUUUUAAAAUGAAGUAUAUUUUUAGUCGAUGGUGGGAGAAUGGAUGCAUAACGAGAAUAGCUACUCUUCAUACGUACUUUUUCGUUAACUGUUUUCUUCUUCCUGCACACUUUUCAGUUGCUAAUUGCCGUUUAUUUACGAACAAGCUAGGUGACCUGAACAGGUCAGUUUACAGCUGGUUUUACGCCAUACAAGACUCCAUUCAACUUACACUGUUUCACUUUUUAUCAAAAUAUUUAGGAUGAGAAAUUCAAAGUAACUGAAAAAGAAUUUCUAUCCAGCCCAUCAGCAUCACCAGGAACAGCAAGUCAAGCUUUUAAUUCCGCAAUGUCACUUUCAAUCGAAAACCUAAAGGAGUCAGACGAGGUUCUCUGUGAGGAAGAGAAGAGCUUUUCUACCGAACAACUGUUUUCAUUUGCAUUGCAGAUAGCUAAAGGAAUGGUAAAUACUAUUAUUUUAUGGAUAACAUUGCAAUGAUCCUUGAUUUGACCAAAACUAUGGGCAAAAUAGAGAAUGUAUACUUUUAGCAAUGAAUUUUUAAAAACUCCAUAUGAUCGCGGCGUUCUUUCGAUCAAAAGUUCUUUUUAUAGGGCUAGCCUGAAAGGAAACGGAUUUUCUUACAGUGUGUCGACCACAGUUUUGACUCAUUCGCGGCUUUUCUAUUACUUGUCCAAACCUGAAUGUUUGUCCUAGAUGCAAAAAUGAUAUUGCAUGUUUCAUUUGCUCCAAAAUUUUUUGGCUUCCUCAGUACCUCCGUCAUAGGUUAUUAAGGGCUCGAUCCUGCCUUCAGCUAUUUACUAUUUUUAUACUACUACAUGAGAAAUUUCUGCAAUUUGAUUGGCUUAGAGCAGUAGUAUUUCAGCUUAAUUUGAAAUACCCACGUGUGAAAAUUACAAACCUUUUCUGGGUAGGCGGUAUAAACAAAUAAUAGCGUGAUUUGUAUGUGAUAUUUGGCUUAAAUACCACUCGUGAUAACGGCUCGUGAAAUUACGUAUAACAAUUUGGAAAUAUCACUCGCAGUAUUUAUGCCAAAUAUCACUACAAAUCAUGCUAUUACCUAUACUAAUGCUAGCAGUGUGCCAUUAUUCUCACGAUUAUACAAUUUUGCCAUAUAUUUCUUCAAUUUUUAAUAGAAUCAUCUCGCGGAAAACAGGUUUGUUCACAGAGACCUUGCUGCCCGUAAUGUUCUCGUUGGCCAUGGCAACCAGGUCAAAGUGGCAGACUUUGGGUUGAUGAGACAGAUAUAUGAAGAUGUAUACAGCUCAGGGAAGUCCAAAAAACUUCCUGUGAAGUGGAUGGCCCCAGAAUCACUUUAUCAAGGCCUUUACACCACCAAAAGUGAUGUGUAAGUAAACAAUUACUUCAUCUGGACAAGGGAACCAUUUUUUGAAAGUUUAAUUAUCAGAAAUUAGGCUCGGGAGAAAAUUCUCAAAUAGAAGUAACAAACUCCCUAGAUGUUAUGCAACAAUUCUAGUGACAACGAAUUUAAGAUUUAUAACUUAGGGACGGACCAUUAGAAAACUUAUGGAGGUGGGGGGGCGAGGUACAAAAAACUAUUCGCGCAAGGGAAAAUUAAGAGGCUGUCUCAGUAAAAGCCGCCCACUCAAUUUCGCGUGAAAAAAUAAUUUUGCCUGAAACUCUGCCGAGUGAAAGGCUUUAUCAAGACUAGAACUAAAAUAGGUUUGCUUUGAUUCACAAUAAUUUUCUGGCCGUGCUGGGGGGCGCCGAGUAUUUUGUCCCGCCACGGCCAUUUUGCAAGUCUUGAAAACUGAAAAUUUGGCAUUUUUUGCGGCGCUGUAAAAAGUUUGGUUUGCACCAUCUACCAAUGAAUUUUAUACCUAUUUAUAGGUAAACAUCUCUAGUUUUUCCUGAAAGUAAUAGUUAUCCGCUAAAUAUAAUCUGGAAAGACGAAAUCAAGCAAAAUAUGAAGCUUAUUUCUGCCUUUUGGGACAUAGUUGAAAGCUCUACACUAAAUAGACGCAAAGAUAGACCAUCUGUUAUUAAUAAUGUACAAAACCCCAUGUACGAUUUCAGUAUUUUAAAAGUUAUGACCGUUUGUAUCAACCCGUUUGCGAGCUAAUACGAUAUUUUCAUAUUUAGAGAAACGGAUCUACCUCAAGCAGAUUUUGUCAAAAGUACGGCUUACCUAAUUCAUUACUGGCACUGACUCACAAAUUGAGCCAUAUUCCAAUCCUUGAGAUGCCGAACUCCAUAAAAUUCCAGUAAAUGUGCUUUAGAAAGUGCUGGUAUGCGGCCAUUUUUGAAUCCCAUGCUAACAAUCAGAAGCUCAAAACAGGUGAAACUGUGUCACGUUUCGAGCUAAAUAGCUCGGUAAAACAACCGUUCAGAGGUGAAAAUUUGCUCGAGAAUCAGAAAAUCAACUAGGCAGGUCCCAUUUUGGAUCAGAAAAUUGAGAUUUCAGAGCUACAACCCCGAAUAAACCUAUAUUCAACCGCCUCUGCAAGGUCAAAUGCAGGUUGACACGUAAACCGGAAAUGUCGAAACCUGGAAAUAGGGAAAACCGGAAAUGCGGAAAUCCGGAUCAUCCGGAAAUCGGCAAAUCUGAUAUCAAUCAGAAGCCGAAGGCAAUUCCAACAAUUAGAGACAGCUGCAUUCGUUUAGGGAUUCUUUUCGACUUUGAGACACGUAAAAGAUAAAACCUUCCAAACCGGCGUAGCUGUUUGAUUGUCACUGAACUGAAACGCAGUUCCACGAUCGAUUGCGUUUGCCAAAUAGGCUCCAUUAGAAACAGUGAAUAUCAUUAACCGGUUACAAAUAUUCUAUGUGCGCUAACAUAUCACGUUUGUGACUAAUACUUUACAGAAGUUGGCUAUAUAUCGAAACUGAAUGUUUCGAGAUCUAGGAAACCGAGCCAGCUUGGUUGUCUGGGCUUAUUAGUAUAGAGGGUCCUUGAACUACAGCUCUCCAUAUGACAUUUUACUAAGCAAAGUUAACAUGAAAUCUCUAUUCGUUAGACGCCUCCAGAACUUCAUGAUCACAUCACAUAAGAGUCUGUUCUUUACGAAUUAUCCAGGUUAUUUGAAAGAUAUGUUCACCGUACGGUCUUCAUCCUACAAGUUGCGCGCAAAUCAUAUCCUGGCCCUUCCCAACCCAAAAAACAACGACUUACGGUCUGCACUCUUUUUCAUACUUAGCUAGCAAAAUAUGGAACUCUCCCCAGACACUUACAAAACAUUAAAUUUUCUAGAAUUCAAGCAGGAGAUCCUCAGAUAUGAAGCUUUUCCACAGUAGAUUUAUAAGUUAUAUUUCCCUUUGCAUGCAUAAUGUUGUAUAUAGUUUAUAAAUAAUAUUGGAAUUGUAAUAUAGCAUAUUUUAUUUUAUUUUAACUUAUUUCCUCGAAUACAUUAGCUCUACAGCUACUCUGUAAAUUUCGAGCAUAAAUAAAGUAUAUGUAUAUAUAUGUGUAGGUAUGAAAAUCGCUUGUUCAGAGCGGAUAAAUAGUCCCGGCCGGUGAGUAAGUUUAUAAGAAGAAAACCCAAAUUUAUCGAUAAAUGUAGGAUUAUUUUUUCGACCAUUUAACGGUGUUUUGUAGCUAAUCUUAAAACAGUGUCUUACCGCCUUUCUUGGUCAUAUUACAUCGGAUUUUUGGUCUACAAAAAGGGUCGCCCCUAGGACUUGCCACUUGUGUUACCAUUCGGUUUGAAUAUUGGUCUUGAGGUCUAAACACGCAUACAGAAUUAAAUGCUUUCUUAAAGCUACUCUUAUUAGAUUAAAUGGGAGUUUCUUGCAACCAUACCCUAUAAUCCAAAUGACUUUCCUCUGCUCUCCUCGCGUUAUCCGCUAUCCAAGUUAUCCGUGAAUCAAAAAAUGACUUGAAAACACUUUUUAUGCUAUCCAGAGAGUUUUUAGAUCUCUAGAAAUGAAUUCUAUGCGGCGCUAUAAAAUUUGUAUAUGUUCGGUCAUCCUAGGGGAACUUGAGUCUUUUCGAAAUUACAAGGGCCUCAGUAUCAUUUUCUCGAAAAUUUUAGAUGCAAUUUUAAGUUUUACAAAAGUGAGAAUUUUUCUGAUUCCUCUCUCCAUCGCAUUUUCGAAUCCGAAAGUUUUAGGUUUCCUUUUCCUAAGAAAAAUAACCUUUUAAACCUGGAGACUAAAAUGCGAACUAUUGCAUGAACUUGAGAAAAUAGUAGGGAAUUUACUAGUUAUGCUUCGAAAAUUGUACAUGAAUGGAACGGUCGUCUAUUCUAGAAAAUUUUUAGCCUUCCUCAGGCUAAAGAAAUUUCUGGGGAAUCUUUGCUUCUCCGAACAGAUAUUUUACGAAAACAGUUUUUGGGUGCCCCUGUUCAAAAAAUAUCUUUCCGCAAAUUCGUAAGAAAGGCGUCAGUGUGCACAAAGUGAGCGGGAAGUCAACCGACUCAUACUUCUUGACUGUUUGACUGACUGUUUAUUAAUUAUGGCAAAUUUUGUUGCUUUCUGUAAAAUUUGCCAUAAUUAAUAAACAGCCAGUCAAACAGUCAGAAGUAUGAGUCGGUUGACAAUUGCAUCAGGUCGUGCGUUCAUCAAAUAUAUAUCAUAGUUAAUAGUAGAUAAUAGUGAGCUAUGAACAGACGAAACACAAUGAUUCUUUACAUAUUCAUAGGAGGGCUUAUGGUGUUCUUCUUUGGGAAAUGUCUACCUUGGGUAAGUUUUUACGGCUUAAAACCAAUAUUAUCUAGUUACCUGCUAUGGUGAAUUAUGAUUAAUAAACGACCAUACAAUCUACAUUUAAAAAGCUUUCCACAAGAAAUGAAAAUUAUUCAUAUAAUAUGAUGAUUAUUUUUUUUCCAGGAGGUGUACCAUACCCCACGCUGACCAACACGGAGUUGUAUCGACUGCUCGGCACUGGUUAUCGCAUGGAAAGGCCUGACAUGUGCUCUGAUGACGUGUAAGUUACUUUACUAAGAUCGUUUUAUAACAAUUAUUUAUUAACAGAUUUGAUUUUUUUUCCAUGCCUUUGUUUUGUUGCAAAUUACAUAGAACGUCACUCCAGACUAGAGAAAUAUCAAAUUAUUUGGCUAUAUUUUUUAUUUUUAUCCAGCUGAACAGCCAUGUAAAGUGAUCCGUGUUUCAGAAUCCAGGAAAUUUUUAGCCAGUGGAAUCCGAAAUCCUGGGAUUUGGAAUCCAGAGUUUAGUUCUAAGAAUCCAGAAUCCCUCUAAUGAUUGGAAUCCCGAGUCUCUGGUCCACUGGCAAGGAAGCCGACAGAACGGAAUCCAGAACCAAGGCUGUUUUUGAUUACUGCACAAGGGGCGAAUACCUACUCACAUUAUUAGCUGGAAAUAAGAUUUAGGCCUGGGCAUUCCAAAACUAUAUACAUCAACGGCGCAUGUCAGAUAAUUGGUGGAUGAGACGUGAUUCAGUUUCAUAAGCGUUAGGGGCCCCAUUUCUAAACAGGGUCAGGUUACUCUGUUAUAAAAACACGGGCUAACGAGGGAUCGAAACUGUAAUUGACCUCGUUUCUUAUUCAUAACAGAUAUGAGCUGAUGACUGACUGUUGGAAGGAGGAACCUUGCUCUCGUCCCAGUUUCUUUCAGCUGAUCGAAAAACUGGAGGUGAUAAUGCAGAGGGAUGCACCAUACUUGGAUCUAGACAAACACAAUGAAGAUCAUCCAUAUUACAACGUGCCUCCUGAAGCAAGUGGUGACGAAGAAGGCAAUAUGGAAAAGGAGGAAUCCCAAGACGCAACAAGCAUAGAUAGUUAUUUAUAA